AUGGAACCAGACUUUGGUUGUAAGUACAUGCUUCCCCUUAGCAGACUUGAGGCCAUAAGAGAAGGGUUUCUGAUGAACGGAGAAGUCAUGGUUGUUGCGGUGGUUGAGUUUACUGAUGCUGUUGGGACAUCAUUAGAUCUACCAAAGGAAUCCGAGGAGGCGGAUUUGGCAAGGCGUGUCUUAGAAGCACACCCAGAGAUUGCAUUAGAAUGCCGUACGAAUAACCAAGAGAUGAGAACAUUUUACAUGAAUGUCCUCCUCGGCCUUAUCAGGUUGCUCGAAAAAUGGCCUCCGGAACACUCCGAGGAUGAUCUGUCUUAUGCAGAAGCUUCUCUCGCAUACCUGAAAAGCGUAGGGUUUAAGGUGGAUUGGCUGGAGAAGAAGUUUGAUAAAGUAAAAGGAAAAAGGAAGGAAGGUGACCGUUCGUGUGAAAUGCGACAACAGCUGAAUGACUUGGAGAAGAAGUGCAACGACCUGAAAACUCUGGUGAUUAAGGCGAAAGAAGAGAUUUCGGAAGACAAGUGUGAUGGUUGA